AUAAGCGUACUGGGAAAAUCAAAAGCAGCUAAAAAAUAAACAUCCAUCGAACGACAAAAAUGGGUUCCACAGAAAACCAGUUCGGAAAGCUCUCCAUUAACAACGAAGAAGACGACGCUGCAUGUCUCUACGCCAUUCAUUUGUCCACCUCCUUCACCUUCCACAUGGUGCUGAAAGCCGCCAUCGAGCUCGACCUCUUCGAAAUCAUUGCCCGUGCGGGCCCCGGUGCCCAUUUGUCGCCCUCUGAGAUUGCUUCUCACCUUCCCACGAAAAACCCAGAUGCCCCUUAUCUGCUUGAUCGUAUGCUCCGUUUACUAACCACCUACUCGCUUCUUACUUGCUCCGUCCGCACCGGCGAAGAUGGCAGCGUUCAGCGGCUCUAUGGGAUCUCGCCGGCCGGCAAGUUCUAUGUUCGUAAUGAAGAUGGAUACUCCCUGGGUUCGGUGCCUCUGUUUUCUCUUUACCGGCCCGUAGCAGAGGUUUGGUUUCAUCUCAAGGAUGCUGUUCUUGAAGAAGGCAUUAAUCUAUUUGAAAAGGUCAAUGGGAAAACCCUCUUCGAGUUCAUGGAAACUGAUCCAAAAGUGAACAAACUUUUUAGCGAUGCUAUGGUUUCUCACUCCGGAAUAGCCUUGAAAAAGGUUCUUGAGACAUACAAAGGAUUUGAGGGAGUUUCAGUGCUAGUUGAUGUUGCUGGUGGCUUUGGAGCAACCCUCAACAUGAUCAUUUCCAAGUACCCUUCCAUUAAAGGCAUCAACUUUGAUUUGCCUCAGGUCAUAAAACAAGCGCCAUCUUAUUCAGGUAUUGAGCAUGUAGAAGGGGAUAUGUUUGAAAGUGUCCCAAAUGGUGAUGCCAUUGUUUUGAAGUGCACAUGUCAUGACUGGAGUGAUGAACAAUGCAUAAAACUUUUGAAGAACUGCCAUAAAGCCCUGCAUGAAAAUGGGAAGGUGAUUAUCGUUGACUAUAUAAUGCCAGAGGUGCCUGAGUCAAGUAUUGCUGCUAAGCAUAUUUCUGUGUAUGAUAAUGGCAUGGUUUUUAACCUUGGAGGGAAGGAAAGAACUGAGAAGGAGUUUGAGUUCUUGAGCAAGAGUUCUGGAUUUUCUGGUUUUAAGGUUGCCUGUCUUGCCUACAAUGCUUUGGGAGUUAUAGAACUUUACAAAUAAGUCUCCAACUAUCCAAUCUGCAGCAUUCUUCUUCUUGUUUCAUUGCCUAUCAAUUUUUUUGUAUGAAUAAGUCCUAGUAGGACUUUUUUAUAAUUAAGCCUUGUAAUCUUGUGUGCAUGUCCUCUUGUUAUAUUUCAAUCGCUAAUAUAUAAAACAUACUUUGUCCA